AUGCUUCGCUCUUCGCGUCAACUCGCGCGGAUUUCUCCACGCAAAGUUGCAGCUCCCUCAGCAAUCCCGUCAACACCCUUUUCGACGAGGUCUCCGUCGAGUGCUCUUCACACCCCCAGGCGACCUGCUUCGGCCCUCCAAGCUCGUUUGAUUCCCUUGUCCCUCCAAGCGCGAUACACCAAUUCGCCCUACGACAAGAUCGAUAAGAAGGCCGAGGCCGAGAUUGCAAAGAAGAAGCUCGAGUCUAAUCCCGAGGCGGUUUCGACCGAGUCGUCUAGGAUUCACCUCUUUGAGCCGGAGCCCGCGAAAACACAAAAGGAAGAGGAUCUCACGGGAGGACUCAAGAAGGAGUUGAACAUUGUCAAGGAUACCUUCAAUCUUAGCGAAGUGCCAAGGGAGCCCUACUUGCUCGGUCUUGCAGGCACUCUGCCCUACCUUGCUACAUCCCUGAGCACAGUCUACCUGAGCUGGGACCUGAACCUCGAAUGGCCCUCUACAUCGACAUUUGCAAACCAUAUUUACAUGAAUCAUGAUUCAGCGCAAUACUGGCUGAGCCUCCUCGAGCCCAUUCAGCUCGGAUACGGCGCCAUCAUCAUCUCCUUCCUUGGAGCAGUCCAUUGGGGCAUGGAAUAUGCCGAAAAGACGCCUCAUCCCACCCGAACAAAGUUCCGCUACGGCAUGGGUGUCGUCGCGCCUAUGAUUGCCUGGCCGUCCCUCCUCAUGCCCGUCGAAUAUGCCCUCACCUCGCAAUUCGCCGCCUUCACCUUCCUCUACCUUGCCGACACCCGAGCUAAGAACAAGGGCUGGACCCCGCAAUGGUACGGAAUCUACCGCUUCGUCCUGACUGCCAUUGUUGGAGUCUCCAUCUUUGUCAGCUUGGUUGGUCGCACCAAGAUUGGCAACGCACAACCCCAUAUUGGCGAAGGCCUAGCUGAGAGCAUGCACCUGGGCAAGACCGACACCACCAAGGACUGGGCUAAGCUCGAGGAGGAGGAGAGAAAGAAGCAGAAAAAGGAGAAGGAAGAGGCUGAGAAGAAGAAGAAGGAAGAAGAGAAGAAGCAAAAGGAGGAGGAGAAGAAGAAUGCCAAGAAGGGCGACUCCAAGAGCAAGAGCAAGAAGGAUGACAAGAAGGACACAGGUGCCAACAAGAAGGACGACUCCGAGGAGGAGGAAAAUGAGAAGGUGGAGGAGAAGGAGGAGGAUAAGCAAGAUGAGGACGACAAGCAGGAUGAGGACAACAAGCAGGAUGACGAGAAGGAAGAAAAGUCUGAGGACAAGGACGGGUCUGAGGAUGACUCCAAGGAUGGGGAUAAGGACGAUUCCAAGGAUGAGGGCAAGUCCAAGUCCAAGUCCAAGGAUGAGGGCAAGAAGAAGGAGAAGAAGGAGUAA